GAGGUAAGAACUCUGAGUCAUUUUCCACUCAAUUAGAAUUUAAUAUGAUUGAAAAAACAAGGAAAAUAAGAAAGUGAGGCUAUCAUUGUCAUCACUUUAAACAAUCUUCUAUAUAUUUUAGUUGAAUUGAAAAAACAAGGAAAACAAGAAAGAAGUUUCAGGUAAGGUUGAACUCGACUAAUAUUGAUAAACUACUUUUAAUGUGUUUUUCUAUCUAAUCCUUCUAACUCUCUUGUAGGUGAUUUCAGUUCUCGCCAAUCAAAGUGCUCAACUUAGAAUAUUUACAUGGAGAGAAUUUCAAUUCUUGGUUUCAUUGUAGCCAUUCUCUAUUUCAUAACAACGGAACUUGCAUGUAAUGGUUAUACCCAUAUCGGCAACAACAUUCAAUCUGAACAAGAGACUCUUAUUGACUUCAAAAGUGGUCUCAAAGAUCCCAACAACCGACUUUCAUCAUGGAAAGGAAGCAAUUAUUGCUACUGGCAAGGAAUUACUUGUGAAAAAGACACAGGAAUUGUCAUUUCCAUUGAUCUUCAUAACCCUUAUCCUCGUGAGAAUGUAUAUGAGAACUGGAGCUCUAUGAACUUGAGUGGAGAAAUUAGACCUUCAUUGACAAAACUCAAGUCUUUGAAAUAUCUAGAUUUGAGUUUCAACUCAUUCAAAGGCAUGCCAAUUCCUCAAUUCUUCGGGUCUUUGAAGAAUUUACUAUAUCUAAACUUAUCAGGUGCUGAGUUUAGUGGUACAAUUCCUUCAAAUUUUGGAAAUCUUUCUAAUUUGCAGUAUCUUGAUCUUUCUUCUGAAAUUUUGAGUUAUGAUGAUUUUGAAUAUUUUAAUGAUUUAUCUAUUGGCAAUAUUGAAUGGAUGGCUAGUCUUGUUUCCUUGAAGUAUCUUGGUAUGGAUUAUGUUAACCUCUCAUCAGUAGGAAGUGAAUGGGUCGAGGUGCUAAACAAACUUCCAAUUUUAACAGAGCUGCAUCUAGAUGGUUGUAGCCUCUUUGGCUCAAUUCCAUCUCCAAGCUUUGUUAACUUUACUUCACUUCUUGUUAUAAGCAUCAACUCGAACCAAUUCAUUUCCAUGUUUCCGGAAUGGCUUCUAAAUGUUAGCAGCCUUGGAUCCAUUGAUAUAAGCUACAAUCAAUUACAUGGGAGGAUUCCACUUGGUCUUGGUGAGCUACCCAAUUUGCAGUACUUAUAUCUAUUUGGGAACUAUCUCGAAGGCAAUAUCUCUCAAUUGUUGAGGAAGAGUUGGAAAAAGAUAGAAUUUCUCAAUUUGGGUGGAAAUGAAUUACAUGGUAAGUUCUUCUCUUAA